UCUGACCAAUGAGCAUUGUCCCUUUUGAUAUCGUGGGCGUGUCCAACUUCUGCUGCCUAGACCGGAGCAGCCGUCCAUUAGCAGCAUCGCCACCACGACGGACUGCAACGUCUGCUGCCGAGAAGACGUUUUUUAACAUUCACUUCAUAAAGGAGUCACCACUGCUUCCAGACCAACAAUGCCUCCUCCAAUGCGCCACCGGUCCAUGCGCGUCUUCAUGAACGACGACCGGCACGUCAUGGCCAAACACUCGGUGAUCUACCCGACGCAGGAGGAGCUGGAGAGCGUUCAGAACAUGGUCUCCCACACAGAGCGUGCCCUCAAGGCCGUCUCUGACUGGCUGGAUAAGCAGGAGAAGGGAACAUCCAAGUCUGACUCUGAUCCCGUGGAAACCGAUAAAGACAGUGAGCACAGAGAUCAGGCCACCCGCUCUCUGCGUGGUGUGAUGAGGGUCGGCCUGGUGGCUAAAGGCCUGCUGCUGAAGGGGGACCUGGACUUGGAGCUGGUGCUGCUCUGUAAGGAGAAGCCCACCAUCACUCUGCUGAAGAAAGUCUCUGAGAACCUCCUCGCACAGCUCAAGGUGAUCACAGAAGACAAGUACGUGGUGACUCAGCACAUCCGUGAAGCCAGCAUCGUCAUCGAGAACACCAGGGAGCCCCCCCUCACCCUCACCAUCCACCUGACCUCCCCUCUGGUCCGUGAGGAGAUCGAGAAGGCCACCACCGGAGAAUCGCAUUCAGUCAACGAUCCCCCGGAUGUUCUGGACAGGCAGAAAUGCCUAACUGCCUUGGCGUCUCUCCGCCACGCUAAGUGGUUCCAGAGUUUCCCUCACAACUCAAUCAUCCAAAACAAAUCUGGGACUAAUACACCACGCAUCCAGGCCAGAGCUAACGGUCUGCGCUCCUGUGUCAUCGUCAUCCGGACCCUGAGGGACCUCUGCGCUCGUGUUCCCACAUGGGCCCCGCUCCGUGGCUGGCCACUGGAGCUGAUCUGUGAGAAAGCCAUUGGCACCGGGAACCGGCCCAUGGGGGCGGGAGAAGCUCUGCGGAGAGUUUUAGAGUGUCUGGCUUCAGGCAUCCUCAUGUCAGAAGGCGCUGGAAUCUCUGACCCGUGUGAGAAGGAACCCACAGACGCUAUCGGCCACUUGGACCGUCAGCAGAGAGAAGACAUCACAGCGAGUGCACAACAUGCCUUAAGGUUAUCAGCUUUCGGACAGCUUCACAAAGUGCUUGGUAUGGACCCCCUCCCCUCAAAGAUGCCCAAGAAACCCCGUAGUGAGACUCCUAUCGAUUACACAGUACAAAUCCCACCCAGUACGGCGUACGCUCCACCAAUGAAAAGGCCCAUUGAGGAAGAGGAAGGGAUCGAUGACAAGAGUCCAAAUAAGAAGAAGAAAAAGCUGCAGAAGAAAUCUCCAGAAGAGAAGGCGGAGCCUCCCCAGGCUAUGAACGCUCUGAUGAGGCUCAACCAGCUGAAGCCGGGUCUCCAGUACAAGCUGAUCUCUCAGACCGGCCCGGUUCACGUUCCCGUCUUCACUAUGGCUGUAGAAGUGGACGGAAAGACCUUCGAGGCUUCCGGGCCGUCCAAACGCACCGCCAAGCUGCAUGUAGCUGUAAAAGUCCUGCAGGACAUGGGCCUGCCCACAGGAGUGGAAGUGAAGACCGAGUCGAUAAAAUUGGAGGAGGCGGUCGUAGCUGUCACCGUGGAGGAAGUGAAACCGGUGAUAACACCCAUCGAACCUCCCAGCACUGCCACAGCCAACGCAGACGGCAGUGAAGCUGUUGAGACUGCUCGCCAACAGGGACCAAUAUUGACUAAACACGGGAAAAACCCCGUGAUGGAGCUGAACGAGAAGCGCCGCGGCCUGAAGUACGAGCUCAUCUCGGAGACGGGAGGAAGCCACGAUAAACGCUUCGUCAUGGAGGUGGAUAUCGACGGGCAGAAGUUUCAGGGCACCGGGUCCAAUAAGAAGGUGGCGAAGGCGUACGCUGCUCUGGCUGCUCUGGAGCGGCUCUUCCCAGAGGGCUCUUUAGCCGAGGCUGCUAAAAAGAAAAAGGGACCACCAAUGCACACUCCAGGUUUCGGCAUUAUGGGAGCCUCGGGGGCCGGAGAUGCUGCUUCACCCAGGGGCCGAGGGAGAGGCAGGGGAGGCCGUGGACGGGGCAGGGGCUUCAAUAACGGAGGAGGCUAUGGCCAAGGAGGUGGCUUCGGAUCGUAUGGUUACGGGAACAAUGCUAACUCCGGAUACAGUGACUUUGUCUCAGACUGCUAUGGCUACCACGAGUUUGCGACAUAAAUCCUCCCCCAGUCUUAGAAAACCAAAAAACAGUCCUGUAGAGAGAGCGUAAAAAAAAUGGACACAUUUCUCAGUAGUGUUCCAGCAGCAUCAUGAGCUCCCUUCACCACCAAGUCCGCAUCGCUGGGAUUAAAGCGACACCGACCACUCCUCCACCCAAUCCACUUGUCUUGUCCUCGGGGAGUCUACCUGCCACUGCAUGCAUGUAGAAAUAAGUCUGUGGAUGUCACCGGACCCCACUAAACUGCAGAUUUAUUGGUGACGACGACCAUGUGCAGGCCUGGGGCCAGGGCUUUCGUGUAGGCCUGGGGCCAGGGCGUUCGUAUCUGUUUAUUUGGAUCAUGAUUAAGUGAAGGCCUCCUGGAAAACAUCACACUGCCUUUUAGAUUAUUGUCAAGACUGCAUCACUGUCUCUAUACUGUUUACUUAUACCAGAAGACUGGCGAAUCAUGACUAUGGCUGCAGGAUUAUGAAGAAAUGACUGCCUUUGUGAUAUUGGAAGGAAUGAUCCCUUUGAACCAUUACUCACAUAAUCAUGACUUGCCAAACAAGGGUCUGUAGAAUACUGUUGGUUGGCCUGCAGCACAACAAUAUGUACAGUAUCUCACAAGUGAGUACACCCCUCACAUUUUUGUAAAUAUGUUGUAUCUUUUCGUGGGACAACACUGAAGAUAUGACGCUUUGAUACAAUGUGAAGUAGUCAGUGUUCAGCUUGUAUAACAGUGUAGAUUUGAGGUUCGGGUUUAGAAACAUUAAUGGCUGUGUUGAGUUAUCUUGAGGGCACAGCAAAUGUACACUGUUAUACAAGCUGAACACUGACUACUUCACAUUGUAUCAAAGCGUCAUAUCUUCAGGGUUGUCCCACGAAAAGAUAUAAUACAAUAUUAAAAUGUGAGGGGUGCACUCUUGUGAGAUACUGUCAUUGCUAUGUUUUUACCCAUUUACCAAAUAUUGUGCUUACUAGCGUUAGGAUAUGGCAACAGUCCAAAUUGAGAUAACGCUUGGAGUAAUUGUGCAGCCCUAAUCUUGACCUGUUUUUAUUCAAUGUGCCACCGUUCUCUCACUUCCAAUCAAGACUGAGAUGGUUUCCUUUUUUCAUAUCUGGUUUUUGUUUUUGAAAAAAGGUCUCCUUGUUUCUAUAGAAUCUGCUGUUUGUGUCAUAUCCAGCUCCACUGACUGCAUGAUGGUCUUACUUUGGUAGUUGCAGUAUCUCCUCUCUAACAGCAGUAGAAAAUGAACUGUUGGCACUCAUUUUGCACACACACACACACACACACACACACACACACACACAGACUGUUGCUGAAUUGGGAAAUAUUUGUGAAAGGAAGACUUGCUUUGGCUGUUUUUUAUAUGUCUUUGUUUUUUUUAAAUAAAUGUGAUGUCACCAUUCAUAAGUGUGUUACUCCAGGGUCUGAUUUAAUUUAGUAUGUGUUUAUACGGUGGAGCACUAAUGACUCCUCUUAAGCUCUUCUGGGUUCCCUCGUCUCCAAAGUCAAUGGAUUUUUUUUCAAAGAGUUUUUGAUUCGAAGCCUGAAAUGAGAUCUGUGAUUUACACACGAUUUAAGAGAUUAUAUGUCUGCAGCUCCUCUGUAAAAGUACCAGUUGCUAACAAGUGGCUCAAUGAGAUCACUGAAUGUCAUCAAGCCAAAAUUAGCCACAUUUAGCUUAGCGUGGUGACGUGAAAUCCUGUGAUUACUUCUGGAUUUAUGUUUGAUAAAUGAUGUUAAUAUGUAGGGAUUAUCCUCCAGAACGAAUCGUGCGUUUGCCACAGAUCUUAUUUUCUGCAAUAUUCCAAAAUCAAAAGGAAAAAUCCCAUUAGCUUUUUGUAGACGGAGCUGUUGCUAUGCUGACUUCCUGUUACAUCAUCCUUGCACCACUCUCUAUAAAUACAAUAUAUCAAGUUUGGCCCAAUUUAAGAUUGUGCCGUGUUAU